ACAAACAAGUCCUUGCUGCCAGAAGAUUGAGAAGCACAGCAACUUGAGGCGUAUCCCCAUUCCAUAUCAAGAAUGGACUCUGGAGCUGAAACAAGACCCAGACUCCAAUAGAGUGGAUUCUUUCCAAAACAUUUGAGAAGCUUCAGACAGCUGCAGCUGGGAUGAGAAGACUCAUAGGCAAGGGUCAAACAAGAAAACAGACAAAAUUGAAACAACUUCUCACCUGGGACCGAACUGAACACAUUUGUCCGAAGAGCCUAAAGGAUACAAAUGCUAUCGCUGAGAUAUCUUGAUGAACAGCUCGUGCUUUAAGAAGGUCUAGCUCCAAAGGUUUUUGAAGAUUUUACAGGAAUCAACAAGACCACAAGAAAUAUUUUGAGGUUUCAGACAGCUUGGAAGAAGGCCAGAUGAGCAACUGUAGUGAAUGUCCUCUUUUGAACAAUGAUGUCUCAACGAGUCAAAAUUCCUUGCAGUGCCACUUUGUCAGUCUAAAGCAGCAAAUGGCCCGGCAGAAUGCAGAGUACGAAGCUAAGAUUUUAAGCCUGGAGCAACAGAACAAAGAAUUACAGUCAGAAAUUAAGGAUCUUCAUUCACAAUUGGGUCAGCAGAGGAAGUGGUAUCGGUUGGUGGAAAUUAAAAUGCGCAAUGCAGAGAGGGCAUAUGAAGAUGCAGAGAGAAGGAAUGAAUUGCUUCAGAGAGAAAUGGAAGAGUUUUUUGAUACUUUUGGAGAAUUAACCAGUGAGAUAAAAAUACCAGAGGAAAUUACUCAAAGUUUUUAGAUACAUACUGGCCUUAAUUAAUUACAGAAAUAUCUUCUCCUUAUAAUUCACAUAUACAAUGCAAAAAUUCUGGACUUUUUCUUUUCAGAGCAAUACAGUUAUAUUAUUAUAUACACUCUUCUUGCGUAUAUAUUAAAUGUCGGCUAUACUGUGAAAUUCAGUGGUUUAAUUUAAACAGUUAUCUAUAGAAAUCAGGAAUACUCCUGUUAGUGAAGUAGGAGAGAGAAGGCAUGGAUAUGGGUAGAACUGGAAUAUAGUGGAUUUGGGGAAGAAUAAAGAGGUGGCAGAUUCUGAAUGCCAAGGGUACAGCAGAGAAGACAAUACUAUCAUAGCUUCUCUUACAAGAGAAAGCAGGGAAGCUGGACAACUAGGAAUCACUUUGAAGAAGGAAGUCCAUUUCCAGGCUUUUGCAAUCCAUUCAAGUAUUACAUGAAGUGACAAAAUAUCAUGGUUCAAGACCUCAUCCUGAGGUCAUUCUAAAGGUCUGGUAUUAUCUACUGAGUUUUAAGUGCAUUGGUCUUUUUUUUCUGAAAUAACUAAUAUUUUCCAUUUUGUAACCAACUGUUAACACGUUCUGUAAACCUAUGUAAAAUGGGAAAUCUUAUCACAGCAACAAAAUGCUGGUGAAAUAAAACUGCAUUCUUUGCA